AUGGCACCUAAGGUAGACGAAAAAGCGGCUGAUAAGGUCGAGAAGUUCUACAUGAAUCGCGCUGGCAAAAGAGUAGAGGUUGACAUGAAUCAUCUACGCAAACCCCACACUUUAGAACCCCGGAAAUUCCCCAUGGAUCAGAAUCCGUUGGUUAUGGGCGGUGAUCACAGACCUUCGGCAGAGCCAAGUGCCAGAAGUUCGAAGGAGACCGAAAAUUAA